CUGUCGCUGGCACACCGGGGGGGAUUCAGUCUGGGGAGAAGCAGAUUUCAGAAGUGCUGCUGAGCUGCUGUUCUGCAGGGCCCAUCAUGGCACUAGCCCACCUGAGGCCCUGGGCAUCUUUGCUGCUGGUGGACAUGGCUUUACUUACACUGCUGCAGGGGUCUCUGGGAAAUAUGCUUCCCCAGGGGCUUCCAGGACUGUGGCUGGAGGGCACCCUGCGACUUGGAGGGCUAUGGGGGCUGCUAACAGUAGGAGGGCUGCUGGGACUUAUGGGGACCUUUCUGCCCUUGCUCUGCCUGGCUACCCCGCUGUUUUUCUCACUGAGAGCCCUCGUGGGAGGCACCAUGAGUGGCCCGGCAGUCAGAGUGGCUUCUGCCUCUUGGGGCUGGCUGCUGGCUGGCUAUGGGGCUUCCGGGCUGAGCUGGGCUGUGUGGGCUGUGCUGAGCCCUCCAGGAGCCCAGGAGAAGGAACCAGGCCAGGAGAACAACAAAGGCUUGAUGUGGCGGUUGCUGAAGCUUUCCAGGCCCGACCUGCCUUUCCUUUUGGUUGCUUUGUUCUUCCUCGUGUUGGCUGUGCUGGGGGAGACCUUAAUUCCUCACUAUUCUGGUCGUGUGAUUGACAUCCUGGGAAGCGAUUUUGACCCAGAUGCUUUUGCCAGCGCCAUCUUUUUCAUGUGCCUAUUCUCUGUUGGGAGCUCCCUGUCUGCAGGCUGCCGAGGAGGUUCUUUCCUCUUCACCAUGUCCAGGAUCAACCUGCGGAUACGAGAGCUGCUUUUCUCCUCCUUGCUGCGCCAAGACCUUGGGUUUUUCCAGGAGACCAAGACAGGGGAGCUGAACUCACGGCUGAGCUCAGACACCUCCCUGAUGAGUCGCUGGCUCCCUUUCAAUGCCAACAUCCUGUUGCGAAGCCUGGUGAAGGUGAUUGGACUCUACUACUUCAUGCUGCGGGUGUCUCCCAGACUCACCUUCCUGUCGCUGCUGGACCUGCCCCUCACAAUAGCAGCUGAGAAGGUGUACAACCCCCGCCAUCAGGCAGUGUUAACAGAGAUCCAGGAUGCGGUGGCUAAGGCUGGGCAGGUGGUCCGAGAGGCGGUAGGAGGGCUGCAGACUGUGCGCAGCUUUGGGGCUGAGGAGCAGGAGGUCAGCCGCUAUAAGGAGGCCCUGGAGCAAUGUCGACAGCUAUGGUGGCGCCGAGACCUGGAAAGAGCCUUGUAUUUAGCCAUACGGAGGGUGAUGGCCUUGGGCAUGCAGGUGCUAAUCCUAAACUGUGGUGUACAGCAGAUCCUGGCUGGUGAGGUCACCAGGGGAGGCCUGCUCUCCUUCCUGCUCUAUCAGGAGGAAGUGGGGCAUUAUGUCCGGAACCUGGUGUGCAUGUAUGGAGAUAUGCUGAGCAAUGUGGGUGCCGCUGAAAAGGUUUUCUGCUACAUAGACAGAAAGCCAAAUCUGCCCCAGCCUGGGACUCUGGCCCCUUCCAGGCUGGAGGGCCGCGUAGAAUUCAAAGACGUCUCCUUUUCAUACCCAAGUCGCCCGGAGAAGCCUGUACUCAAGGGCCUGACGUUCACGUUGCAUCCUGGAAAGAUGACAGCGCUGGUAGGACCCAAUGGGUCAGGGAAGAGCACCGUCGCUGCUCUGCUGCAGAAUCUGUACCAGCCCACCGGGGGCCAGCUGCUGCUGGAUGGGCAGCCCCUGGUCCAGUAUGAUCACCACUACCUGCACCGCCAGGUGGUUCUGGUGGGACAGGAGCCUGUGCUCUUCUCCGGGUCUGUCAAGGACAACAUUGCCUACGGCCUGAGGGACUGUGAGGAUGCCCAAGUGCUGGCAGCUGCCCGGGAAGCCUGUGCGGACGACUUCAUAGGGGAAAUGACUAAUGGGAUACACACAGAGAUAGGGGAGAAAGGGGACCAGUUAGCUGUGGGACAGAAACAACGUCUGGCAAUUGCCCGGGCCCUUGUGCGGAACCCACGGGUCCUCAUCCUGGAUGAGGCUACCAGUGCCCUGGACACCCAGUGUGAGCAGGCUCUGCAGGCCUGGAGAUCGAAGGGGGACAGGACGGUGCUGGUGAUUGCCCACAGGCUGCACACAGUUCGGAACGCCGACCAGGUGCUGGUGCUCAAACAGGGGCAGUUGGUGGAGCAUGACCGGCUCAGGGAGGAUCAGGAUGUCUAUGCUCACCUGGUACAGCAGCAGCUGGAAGGGUGAGGUCUCCGGACACAGACCCACUGAGUGCUUCUCAGAACCGAGGCCAGAAUCAAACCCACGGGACUGUGCUGGAGGCUGAAAAGUCAGGAUAAAGACUGGGACCAUUUUGGGCUUUUUAUGUUUUGGUGACCUUGAGUGGGUGAGAGUUGGGGGAUGGGGUGGUCAUGGGUGGAGUGAGUGUUUUGAGGUUCUAGAAACAGUAUUUUCUGCCUAUUAUAAAAAUUAUGUAUAAAAUGUUUUUCCUUAA